GAAUGGAAAAACAACUUUUUCUUUUUGAAAAAAGGUUACUUUCAUUCAGAAAGGAGAAGGGGGGCGGGGGAUAUGCAUGAAGGAUGUAAAGAAAAGCUCCCAACCUAAUCACAAUGGCAAUGAAUUAGCACCAUACAAAAAUCACUGCCCACCCCAGAUUUGGAAUCCAUCUAAAAAAUAUGAGAGAUCUGCUGCAAGCUCCUGAAUCUCAUUAAAAAAAUGGGAAAAUUUCCAAGGCCAACCUUCACUUUUAGAAGCCCAGCCAAUUCCACUUCUAGAAUCAGCUUCCACUAGCAAUGGCCAAGCAUGAAUAACUUUGCCAGCCUCAGCCCAGUUAAUAGAGUCCUAGGUUCUGCUUCAGAGGCAUCCACUUCACCAAUAGGCCCACUAAAAAACCGUAAGGGGUUACCUCUAAUAUCAGAGAUGAAGCCUCCAAUCCCAGCUGGACCCUGAUGGCCAACUGAAACUCUGCACUUCAUCAAACCAAACUUCAAAUGGUAGUUACAAAUUUACAAUCAGGCCUCAGGUCCAGAUUAGUUCUGAGAUGAGGUUCCACUCAGAUUAGUUCUGAGUGGAAAAGUAGCUUUGUCUCCAAGAAUUCAUUGACAUUAUACUUCUUUUCCAUAUUUAUUACCCUACAUAGUUUGUAAGUGACUUCCUCUCAUCCUUUCUAUUUGAUCUUCCACUUAUUUAUUUAUUUAAUUAUGAUCAGCAAAGGUAAGUUUUAUUAAUCACAAUGUGAAAUUUGAGCUUGCAAAUUUGUGGGUAGUUUACCCACACCCAUAGGAGUAACAGAUAAAACUAGAGUUGCAAUCCCCCAAAAUCAGCCUUACAAUUUAGCCCGAAAUAAGUCUGCCUGUUUUUCCCCUGUUUAUCUAAAGUAUCUGCCAUGCCAUUUGCAGUUCUUCUCACCCAUUUAAAAGUAACACUCAGUUCCCUUGUUAUCAUUUCAAUUUCCCUAGUCCUUUGCCUGUAAACCCAAGGGGUUUGUCAGUGAAAUUUUGUCCAGGAAAUCACCACCUGACCUGAGAGUCCCCUUCCACUUCUAACCUUUGAAAGCCAAAGCUGUUUUGCAAGUUUCAGCCCUUGAAGUAAAACCAUUAAUUCUGCUGUCAGUAGAUCCCGUUGCUCUACAGGACCCGAAUAAAGUUCUAGUACCUCACCUCCUGUACCUCGAAAUAUACCCCCUAAACCAGCCCUUCCUUCAUUUCCGAAAAAGCUUCCAUCGAAGUUUAGCUUCACAGAAUUAGGUGUUGGUGGUGUCCAACUCUCCAUUCCAUAACCGCGCUUUCUUUCUCUUGGCCUGAGCUUGCCACUUCCUUCCAUGAUCUCAGAAUAUCAUGGAAGGAGAUAACAUGGAAGACUUCCAAAGUUUUUGCCCAAUUUACAACUUUUAUCUUUAUGGCUUCUAUGAUUUCUGACUCUGAUCUACACCUUUCAUUGAAGAUCCUCCUGUUUCUUUCAUCCCAAAUAGUCCAAAUCAGUGCUGCUCUCAUUGCUUUCCACAGAAUCAUUCCUCUUUUCUUUGUCUGAUCUUCCACUUAAUUUGGUUGCAUAGAACAAGUUCUUGGAGGUUUCACAAAUUUGGGAAAUGUUUCCCCCUUUUCUUUUUUCCUUGAUUAGACAAUGAGUUUGACUUCUUUGUUGAUGUAAAGUUACAAGAAAUAGCAUAAGAGGUGGGCAGAUUUAUAGACAGCGAAUGCAGCUUGGUGGAUGUUGAAUGAUUUUCUCAAUGGACCUAAAUGCAUCACCACUACCUGAAGAAGAUGAAGAAGAGAUAUUUGAAGAUCAGGUUGAAGAAAAAAUUUUAGAGGAAGAAGAACAUAUAGAGACAGCAGUAGAAACUUUGCGCAGAGAACGUGAGGAAAGGCGCCAACGAUUGAAAAGAGAGUAUCAAGAUGAGGGCCCAAGGCGUGUUUCACAGACACCUAAGAAAGAUUCAAUGAUCCAAAACAAAAAACCUAGACCUUAUGAUAGAAACAGGCCUCCAUCUGGUUGGCUGGAUUGUCCUUCAUAUGGUCAGAACAUUGGUUACAUAAUUCCUUCCAAAGUUCCUCUUAGUGAAUCUUUCAAUGACUCUGUACUUCCUGGUAAAAGAUACUCCUUGAGACAAGUGAUUCAUCAACAAAGAGUACUGGGAAGGGAGCUUGGUCUGGUGAUUGAUCUGACAAACACUACACGCUAUUAUUCACCUCAAGAUUGGAAGAAACAAGGUAUUAAGCAUGUUAAGAUUGCGUGCAAAGGAAGGGAUUCUGUACCUGAUAAUGAAUCUGUGAAUACCUUUGUGUUUGAAGUCAUGCAGUUCUUUACACGGCAGAAGCAUUCAAAGAAAUAUGUUCUUGUCCAUUGUACUCAUGGGCAUAAUCGGACAGGCUAUAUGAUUAUUCACUUUCUUAUGCGUUCACAACCAAUUUCUGUGACCGAGGCUAUUCACAUGUUCGCUACUGCACGUCCCCCUGGGAUCUACAAGCCUGAUUAUAUUGAUGCACUAUACAAGUUUUAUCAUGAAAAAAAGCCUGAAUCAGUUACCUGUCCAUCAACUCCAGAGUGGAAGAGAUCUCCUGAUUUUGACCUGAAUGGUGAAGCUGUUCCAGAUGAUGAUGAUGAUGGUGGUCUAGCUGCUUCUUUGCAUGACCAUGUGGAAAAUGAAGUGAUGACAAAUGAUGAUAUUUUGGGAGAUGCAAUACCUAAUGACCAGCAAGAUAUGUUGAGACAAUUUUGCUAUCAUUCGCUUAAACUGGUACCAGGGGUGAGAGGAAAUUCACAAUUUCCAGGAUCACACCCAGUUUCUCUUAACAGGGACAACCUGCAAUUGUUAAGACAGCGUUAUUAUUAUGCUACAUGGAAAGCAGAUGGAACACGCUAUAUGAUGCUGAUAACUUGGGAUGGAUGUUUCUUGAUUGAUAGAAAUUUUUGUUUUCGAAGGGUUCAGAUGCGGUUUCCGACAAAAAGCAUGAAUGAGGGUCUAGCUGAGAAGACUACUCAUAACUAUACGUUGCUUGAUGGUGAGAUGAUUAUUGAUACACUUCCUGACACACAAAAGCAAGAGAGAAGAUACUUGAUCUAUGAUCUAAUGGCACUAAAUGCAAUGUCUGUUAUUGAGCGGCCCUUCUACGAAAGGUGGAAAAUGCUAGAGAAAGAAGUGAUUGAACCUCGAAAUUCUGACCGCUAUUACAUACACCAAAGUAGGAAUCCUUAUUACAGAUAUGAUCUCGAGCCAUUCAGGGUGAGAAGGAAGGAUUUUUGGUUGUUGUCUACUGUUAACAAGCUUCUUAAGGAAUUUAUCCCACGGCUCUCACAUGCAGCAGAUGGGCUUAUUUUUCAGGGUUGGGAUGAUCCUUAUGUGCCACGAACACAUGAAGGCCUCUUAAAGUGGAAAUAUGCAGAUAUGAACUCAGUUGACUUUCUCUUUGAGGUGACUGAUGACAAUCAUGAGCUACUUUAUCUUCAUGAACGAGGAAAGAAGAAGCUAAUGGAAGGAAAUCGUGUUGUGUUUAAAGGUGGAUCAGACCCUACUGCAUAUUCGGGGAAGAUUAUAGAGUGUUCCUGGGAUUCUGAGGAAGAUGUCUGGCAUUGCAUGAGGAUUAGGACAGACAAAUCAACGCCAAAUGAUUUCAAUACUUACAAGAAGGUAAUGCGGAGCAUUAGGGAUAAUAUCACAGAAGAAGUCCUGUUAAAUGAGAUUGAUGAGAUUGUCCGUCUUCCCAUGUAUGCUGAUAGGAUACGGAAUGAUAGCAAAGCAGCCCAAAUGCACCACCAGCACAAUAAUUUAGCACGACGAAGAUGAGGGAGGAGUAAUUUAUACCAUACUGCACUGACACUCACAAGAGGCUUCCCAGUCCCCACCCUUCUCCAUAUCCCAUAAUUGGACAUCGGCUGCCUUCCCAAAUGAUUUCAAGGGUUAAUAAACCCUUUGGUCUGAAUGUGCAUGGCCAAAUCAGCUCACAGGUCGCAGAUCAUGGUUCUGUAGUUAGUAUAACCUGAACCGCCCCUGUUGUAGUCUUGUAGCAUUUGCCAUACUAGUUAAUAUUCCUGAUCCAGUUGGUAAAAUCCAAUAUGAUGGAUGAUUGCCAUGUUUCUUUCUUUCUGAUGUUCAGAUUGGAAGAAUAAGGAUCCGGUUUCUCCUUGUAUAUUAGCAAUUUUUUGUUCCAUGGUGAUUGCAAAGUAGCUAGAAAGUAGCUGUUUGAUAUCUAAAGUUGUCUAUAAUUUGCCAUGUUGCAUAUGCAAUUUUCUUC